GGAGCUGUCAAUCACUUUCUUCAGACCUGAGAACCAAGAAAACUCAAAAUCAUCUAGAAGGCUCUUUGCUCGUCUGGAACCAAAGCAUGGCGUCCCAGAUCCCAGCGCUCCCAGAGUCCUGUGCUCCAGGAACUGACAGCGUCUUUUCUGUACGGUCUGGCUUUUACUCUCUGGACUCCAAUGUCCCUGGCCUCUCUAAGGUGAUUCUCAAUAAGCUCAACAUGAAGGACUACGGAGAAUACAGGGCUGCUCUUGAGGGAAAGCCUAAAGGAAUCGGGUUCCGCAACUACAAGGAGUUGUUCCAGAACAUGGAGGAGACCUUCAAGUUCUGCACCAGCUGCAACAAACUGCCAGAGCAUCUCACCGAGGGACAGACCCUGAAGCGCUGUGUGAAGUGCUUGAAUGUGUACUACUGCACCAAGGACUGUCAGAAAAAGGACUGGCCUCAGCAUAAAAAGGUCUGCAAGAUGCUGCGUCUGGUGGCCAUUGACAGGCUAGUGGAGUGGCUGAUGUUCACUGGAGACCUCCCAUUCCCCACUGAGAAAUGGUCCAAGUCAGCUGCUGAGGUUAAGAACUGGGACGACUGGCUUCCCAUGCAGGGGGACCUUACGCCACGUCUGGACGCCAUCAUGUCUGGUGCCAACAUGGCAACCCUUUGGAAGAACACAAGCAGGCCAAGGCCGGAUGACUCUGACCUGCAACAGUCUUUAUGGCGGAUUCAGAGCGAGUUCCUUUCUCGAGUUCUCACAGUUGGGAUGGCCAUGCGACACUUUUGCCUUGACCCAUACGCUAAACCUCUGACAAUUCACUUAGCAGGGGCCUCCCACAAUGAGACCAUGGGAGCCAGACUUACUGACUAUGACGAGCUGAACCGUAUGUUUCCUGCACACCAGGGCAUAGAGGUAGUCAUGGUGGGACCAGAGGUGGUGGACAGCCCGAUCAUGAGGCCUCCUCUCAGGGCAUUUGGCCCCAAGCAGAGGGUCUACAUCAGCGCCCACAAGGGCCUCUACCACCAGUUCUGGGAGGAUGUGGUGGAGAAAGAGGAAGCAGCCAAGCCAGAUUUGGUGGUUGGAUUUCAUCCUGGGUUCCACGCUAACCAGGGUCUGAUAGAAGGUUGGCUGCCCACCCUUCUGCUACUCAGAGACUAUAACAUCCCUUCCUUCUUCACUGUGUACAGCGAGAUGGAGCUUAAGUGCUCACUCCAGAUCUUGCUGGAGUUGGAGAUGCACAUCAGGGACAGUGGACCCAAUCCAUUCACCUCACAGAAACCGGAGCAGGUCCAGUCCUGCCCCAACAAAACCCCAGUCUACUGCAACUCUCACUACAUCUGUUUCCAGGGACUGCUGCCUCAAGAAGACUUAGCGCCUAGGCCAGACAAUUAAGAGGCCAUCAUAAAGAAAAGCCUGUUUGGGGUGCCACAAGUCCUCCACUUUAAAGAUGUGGUUUUCAAAAUUGUAAUGUGGGACUUCCUGAGGUCCUUGGAGGUCUUCCUGCAUCCUUUUAGAGAUGGACUUUGCUAAUCUGUGUUGCCACUUGGUAGAUAUGGAUACAUGAAUGAAUAAUGAAUGAAUUAAUAAAGUUUUAUUAUUGUG